UCCAACAUCAUUUUCGUUGAUGUGCCAGAGAAAAUUUGUAAAUAUUCUUUAUAUUUACUCCAUUGCUGUUCAAGAUUUUUAAAACUAUGUAAAUACAUAUGGUUUACGUAUAUGCAAAUACAUAUUAAAAUAUAUAUGUAUCUGAAAGAUUGUGUCUCCUUAAAAACAUCUGUGAAAAGCGUGGCGUUAAGUUUAUCAAAGACAUGACACCAGUGAUGAUUGGCGUGCAUACGUAACAGAAAAAACGAGUAAAACAACAACAACAAAUACGCAAUAAAGGAGUACAAAAGAUGCUACUAACUAUAAGAUCACCUCAGACAUUGCCAAACCAUUGGCAAAUGACAAGUGUGGAUAUCACCAACUGUCGCUAGUACAAAGUGAAGAGUGUAAAAAAUAUAAAAUAAUUACUGUUAUACGUAGUACCUUUAUUUAGAAAGUAAAAAAAGAGAUAUAAACAAAAAUACAAUUUUUUUCUGUAGUUUUUUUUUUGCAAAAAAUUUAAAAUAAAAUACAAAAGAUGACUGCAGAAGUGACAACAGAAGCAACGACAGAUAAAGCGUCUCCUGCCGAAAGCAAUGCAGAUAAUACGUCGAAACCAAGUCCAACACUUACAAAUAACGUUCAAGGCUCAGAUAAGCAGUCAGAAACGCCAAAAAAAGAUGCACCUACGGAUUUUGAAACUGCUAUGGAAGUAGCAGGUUUUGGUUUAUUUAAUUAUUUAUUAAUCAUUGCUGCACUGCCCGCUGCCAUAGCAACAGUCGUUGAGACCUCAACGAUGUCAUACAUCUUACCGAGUGCCGAAUGUGAUCUCAAAUUGACGCUGCUCGAUAAAGGACUUCUAAAUGCGAUCACAUAUGCCGGCAUGAUAAGCUCUGCGAUAUUAUGGGGUUAUAUGGCCGAUACGAAAGGUCGGAAGAAGUUACUCAUCUUCGGUUAUCUGAGUAAUAUAAUAUCGGUAUUGGGUGGUGCCUGCAGUCAAAAUGUCAUACAGCUUAUGGUCUUCAAAUACAUCUCUGGUUUUAUCAUGUGCGGUCCUUUCGCUGUCCUUAUGAGUUACUUAACCGAAUUGCAUGGCAAAAGAUUCCGUUCACGUAUUGUAAUGUUGAUGGGAAUUAUGUUCUCAGUGGGAAAUAUAUCUUUGCCGUUAGUUGCGUUGAGCGUUUUGCCGAGAAAUUGGGAUUUCCAAAUUUUGGGCUUACAAUUUCAUUCAUGGCAAGUAUUCUUAGCCAUCAGCGCAAUACCCAGUCUGCUGGGUGGCACUUUAUUGAGCUUCUUCCCGGAAAGUCCAAAAUUUUUAAUGUCUCAAGGUCGAAAUGCUGAAGCGCUACGCGUUUUCCAAAAAAUCUACGCACUCAACAGUCGCAAACCACGCACAGAUUUUCCAAUCAAAGAACUGAUCAACGAAACACAGAACGCCGAAAAAGAGAGUAACGCUUCCACUGCGAGCAUUGCGACAAUUGAAAGUGUUGUGCCGAAGGAGAAAGAAAACGAGCCAGCCUCCAAAGUAAGCCUAAAAGAAAAGAAACCUAAGGUGAGUCUGCGUCAAGGAUGGGAACAACUGCGUCCGCUACUCUCCAAACCCUACCUUGGACUGUCCAUACGCGUGUAUCUUAUGAAUUUCGCUAUUUUAUUUGGUCAGAACACACUCCGCUUAUGGGUUCCCCAAAUGUUCGCUUCUAUUGAGGAAUACGAACAGAUGUAUGGUACUGCGGGCGCUACAAUGUGCACCAUCUUGGAGUACAGCGUAAACAAGACUCAAUUAAUAAAUAAUGAGUUGACGAAUUUGAGAAUGGAGAAAUGCGAAGUGGUUGUCACACCUGCUUCCUACACCAAUAAUAUAACUGUCGCUGUUUGUAGUUUAGUAGGUUACUGUUUCGCUGGUUUCGUUGUUAAUCGAAUUGGUAGUAAAAUGUUGCUCACAAUCGGUUCUACAGUUGCAGGUUUGUGUGCAAUCGGCCUAUAUUUCUCGAUAUCCUCUCUGAGCACAUCGAUUAUUGUUUCGAUUUCUGUGACAAUGGGCAGUAUAUCGGCAAUGUCUAUACUCAGCUCAUCGGUUGAUCUAUUUCCAACAUCGUUGAGAACAAUGAUUGUGUCUUUGGCUAUGAUGUUCGGUCGUGUGGGCUCAAUAAUGGGCAAUAUAUUGUUUCCCAUUUUCAUGUCCUUAGGUUGUGUGCCGCCAUUUAUUAUGCUUACAUUCGUUAUGUGGUCUGCCGGAAUAAUGUCUGCAUUUUUACCGAAUACAAGAAAAAUGGUUUUAAAAUAGGAAACAUUUUUAUAGUAUAAUGAAAUUAUUUAUUUUAGUUUUAAGUGAAGUAAUAUAAGUACGAAUGUACAAUUAAAUGACA